ACGUCGAAACCGAACUGGGAAGGUCCAACUGUAGCAGCAGCUCUCGUCUCUUUGUCGGGUGGUACAGUACAGCUCUGCUCCCCGCCUGCCCGCCCGCCCGCUCCCCGGCGCUGGUGUGUGCUCCGCUGCUCUGCUUACACAAUAACUGUGCAUCGAUUGAGUCCAGCGAGAAGAGGAAGCAGCAGGACUAACUCGAACGCCGUUCGACGGAAGGAAGGAACACAUAAUAGCCUAGCCGUAGCAAAGCGACCGUGUGUGAUCAGUAUUCGUUGUCUCGUUCCAACGCGAUUCGGUUCUAGUGCUGAAAACAAGUUCAAUACAGCUGCUAACGGGGUAGUUUUCUGCGAAAGCCCCCAAAACAGAAUUCGCAACGCCAAGCGCAAAAAUUGUGUAAUAGCCCCCGAACGUGUAAAAGUUUAUUUGUUUUAUCUUAUUUUAUUCUGUUGUUACUUGUUCAUCGUGUUUUAUAUUUGCACACGCCGUCGUCGUUUGCUUUUUCGUUUAUUCAUCGUUUCACUGUCUCGCCUCUAAUAAGUUUAAACAAGAGUCCACAGACAUUAUGAGUGCUCAGCAUGGGAGAGCGGACUCCUAUCGAGUCGCCACGGUUAUAGCCACCGAUGACGACAAUCGCACAGCCGAUGGUCACUACAAGUCAAGACGCAAGAUGCCGGCCAAAGCAGCUAAGAAAGAGAAUUUGGAUGAUCUCAAACAGGAGUUGGAUAUCGACCAUCAUAAAAUCUCUCCUGAGGAAUUGUAUCAGCGCUUUCAGACACAUCCCGAGAAUGGUCUAAGUCACGCCAAGGCCAAGGAGAACUUGGAGCGCGAUGGUCCCAAUGCGCUGACGCCACCAAAGCAGACGCCCGAGUGGGUGAAGUUCUGUAAGAAUCUGUUCGGUGGCUUCGCCAUGUUGCUGUGGAUCGGUGCUAUUCUCUGCUUCGUGGCCUAUUCGAUCCAGGCCAGCACCAGCGAGGAGCCGGCCGACGAUAAUUUGUAUCUGGGUAUUGUACUUUCCGCUGUCGUCAUUGUGACGGGCAUUUUCUCAUACUAUCAGGAAUCGAAAAGUUCAAAGAUCAUGGAAUCGUUCAAGAACAUGGUACCCCAGUUCGCCACCGUCAUCCGCGAGGGCGAGAAACUCACGCUGCGCGCUGAGGAUCUCGUCCUGGGCGAUGUCGUUGAGGUGAAGUUCGGCGACCGUAUCCCCGCUGAUAUCCGCAUUAUCGAGGCGCGCACCUUCAAGGUGGACAACUCGUCGCUGACCGGCGAGUCGGAGCCGCAGUCCCGCGGCGCCGAGUUCACCCAUGAGAAUCCUCUGGAGACCAAGAAUCUGGCCUUCUUCUCCACCAACGCCGUCGAGGGCACUGCCAAGGGCGUGGUCAUCAGCUGUGGCGACCACACCGUCAUGGGUCGCAUUGCUGGCCUCGCCUCCGGUCUGGACACCGGCGAGACGCCCAUUGCCAAGGAGAUUCACCAUUUCAUCCAUCUGAUUACCGGCGUGGCCGUGUUCCUGGGCGUCACCUUCUUCGUGAUUGCCUUCAUUCUGGGCUACCACUGGCUGGACGCCGUCAUCUUCCUGAUCGGCAUCAUCGUCGCCAACGUGCCCGAGGGCCUGCUGGCCACUGUCACCGUGUGCCUGACCCUCACCGCCAAGCGCAUGGCAUCCAAGAACUGCCUGGUGAAGAAUCUGGAGGCCGUGGAAACCCUUGGCUCCACCUCGACCAUCUGCUCCGAUAAGACCGGCACCCUCACCCAGAACCGCAUGACGGUUGCUCACAUGUGGUUCGACAACCAAAUCAUCGAGGCCGACACCACCGAGGAUCAGUCGGGUGUUCAAUACGAUAGAACCAGCCCUGGAUUCAAGGCGCUCUCUCGCAUUGCCACUCUCUGUAACCGUGCCGAGUUCAAGGGCGGCCAAGAUGGUGUGCCCAUUCUCAAGAAGGAGGUCAGCGGAGAUGCCUCCGAGGCAGCUCUGCUCAAGUGCAUGGAACUGGCCCUGGGCGACGUUAUGAAUAUUCGCAAGCGCAACCGCAAGAUCGCUGAGGUGCCAUUCAACUCCACCAACAAAUACCAGGUGUCCAUCCACGAGACCGAGGACUCAAACGACCCCCGCUUCCUGCUUGUCAUGAAGGGCGCUCCCGAGCGUAUCCUGGAGCGCUGCUCCACCAUCUUUAUUAACGGCAAGGAAAAGGUCCUGGACGAGGAAAUGAAGGAGGCGUUCAACAACGCCUACAUGGAACUCGGAGGACUGGGUGAGCGUGUGCUCGGCUUCUGCGACUUAAUGCUGCCCUCCGACAAGUAUCCCUCCGGCUUUAAGUUCAACACCGACGACAUCAACUUCCCCAUCGAUAACCUGCGCUUCGUCGGCCUCAUGUCCAUGAUUGAUCCUCCCCGUGCCGCCGUGCCCGAUGCUGUGGCCAAGUGCCGCUCGGCCGGUAUCAAGGUCAUCAUGGUUACCGGCGAUCACCCGAUCACUGCCAAGGCCAUUGCCAAGUCCGUCGGCAUCAUCUCCGAGGGCAACGAGACCGUCGAGGACAUUGCCCAGCGCCUGAACAUCCCCAUCUCCGAGGUGAAUCCCCGUGAGGCCAAGGCCGCCGUCGUCCACGGCGCCGAGCUGCGUGAUGUGUCCAGCGAUCAGCUGGAUGAGAUCCUGCGUUACCACACCGAGAUCGUCUUUGCCCGUACCUCGCCCCAGCAGAAGCUGAUCAUUGUCGAGGGCUGCCAGCGCAUGGGCGCUAUUGUGGCCGUGACUGGUGAUGGUGUCAACGACUCUCCGGCUCUGAAGAAGGCUGAUAUUGGUGUUGCCAUGGGUAUCGCCGGCUCUGAUGUGUCUAAGCAGGCUGCUGACAUGAUUCUGUUGGACGACAACUUCGCCUCCAUUGUGACUGGUGUGGAGGAGGGUCGCCUGAUCUUCGAUAACCUGAAGAAGUCCAUUGCUUACACCCUGACCUCCAACAUUCCCGAAAUCUCGCCCUUCCUGGCCUUCAUCCUCUGCGACAUACCACUGCCACUGGGAACCGUGACGAUUCUGUGCAUCGAUCUGGGAACCGACAUGGUGCCAGCCAUUUCAUUGGCCUACGAACAUGCCGAAGCCGAUAUUAUGAAGCGUCCGCCACGUGACCCCUUCAACGAUAAAUUAGUGAACUCAAGGUUGAUUUCGAUGGCCUACGGACAGAUCGGUAUGAUCCAAGCUGCCGCCGGCUUCUUUGUGUACUUCGUCAUCAUGGCUGAGAACGGCUUCUUGCCCAAGAAACUGUUUGGCAUUCGUAAGAUGUGGGACUCGAAGGCCGUCAACGAUCUAACUGACUCCUAUGGACAGGAAUGGACCUACCGCGACCGCAAGACCCUGGAGUACACCUGCCACACGGCCUUCUUCAUCUCGAUUGUGGUUGUGCAGUGGGCUGAUUUGAUUAUCUGCAAGACGCGCCGAAACUCCAUCUUCCAGCAGGGCAUGCGCAACUGGGCUUUGAACUUUGGCCUCAUCUUCGAAACCGUGCUGGCCGCGUUCCUCUCGUACUGCCCGGGCAUGGAGAAGGGUCUGCGCAUGUACCCCCUGAAACUCGUCUGGUGGUUCCCGGCUAUUCCAUUCGCGCUGGCCAUCUUCAUCUAUGACGAGACCCGUCGUUUCUACUUGCGCCGCAACCCCGGUGGCUGGUUGGAGCAGGAGACAUACUAUUAAACACCCACACUGCUACACUCCCACAAACACACACAUGCCCACACAGACACACACAAACACCUAAAGAAAAACAACCAUGAAGAGCAACAAAUAGUAAUGUUUAUGAACCACAAACUCCACACAACCACAGUAAUAGCAGCAGCCGCAGCAGCAACGGCAACAACAACAGCUACAGCUACCGAUAGCUACAGCAAGAACAUAUUACAAUAUAUUUUAUUUUUUUAAUUUAAUUAAUUAUUUAAAGUAAACGAGGAGAAACAAAAUGCAAGCGAUAAUUAUUUUAAACGUUUAAGUAAAUUUAAAUUAUAAAUUAAAGCUACAACUAAGAUUUAAAUAAAGUAUAAAAUGAAAACAAAACAAAGGCGAACAAACAAUUUCGAAGCAACAACACCAAUCACAACCAGAACAAGAACAACCAGUAACUAAGCAACAACACAAUGUUUUUAGUAAAAUUAUUAACGUAACGAGAACUGGCUAAACAGAAUAUUUAAGCAGAAGCUUAUCGAAACAAUAAACCCCUGCCUUCGGGGCAUCCCCCAAGGCAUUCACACACACCCAAACACUCACACUCGCACAGACACACUCACAAACACACACCACACACCGAUACACAACGCAUGACGAGACAAAGUAUGUAAGAAGUUUAGAGAAAUUAUAAAACGAAGUGAAUAAAGAAGGAAAUACGGAAAGAAAACAAUGAAAACCCUUAGCGUAGUUACCAAAUAAGCCGUGAAGAGUAAAGCCCCAAUAAAAACCACAAAAACAAACAACAACAAAUAAACAUAAAUUAAUUUGCAAAACUUGUGUGUGUAAAACGCAGCUUAACGGAUGAAGAGCGAGAGCGAGAGCGAAAGCGAGAAGGGGAAGAAAAGAGCAAAACGAAGUAUAUAUAAACAGAAAAACCACAAGAAACAAGGAAUAUAAUUGUUUAUAUAUAUAUACACACAUAUAUUAUAUGGAAAAAAUUUGAUUACAUAAAUGGAGCUAUACAAUACACCAAAAAACCAAAAUUUAAACCAUAACGAAAUCGAUCUGCGAUCCGUUGAGCCCGACUGGGCCAACAGCCGGAAACGGAAGCGGGAACGGAACGGAAGCAAGGCUCUGAUCGAUAUUCAGAGGCCCCGUGUUCGGCAAAACUGGCGAAGAAUCUGCAAAGAAUUUGUUAAAAUCUAAAGAAACCAACUAAAUGUUUAUAUAACUAAACCCUUUAAACCAAUUGACAUGCAAUAUUAUGCUUUGUGUGCAUUUAAGCCCAAGACAGAUGCAGCGAUGCGGCGGGGCUAUGUCCCCCCGUUAUCGAUAUCGAUACUGUUACCGAUACCUAAGCCCAGAACGAAUGAAAACAAAAACAAAAACGCCCACAAAAUAAAUGUUUGUAAGUUUUACACGGCACAGCGCCCCAAAAUGGGGCAAGCCCAAGGCAGUAUUGUGUUUACUUUUCUUUUGAUUGUUUUUAUCGCUUUCCCCGCCCACACACCCCCAACAACACACAGACUCACACAACACAGCACACUCGCUCGCGCAGAGACAGUAACGAACGGUUGAGCGGUCAGAUUGUUGGCCACGAAAUUGAUAUUGAAAAGCUCGGCAUUGUCGCUAUCGAAUGCGUGGGCCUGACAAUGCGCCCGCUGGCUAAUUGAAAACUGUGAAAACUUAUCGGGAGGCGGCGAUAUUCGGUCCCGGACCCCCGAUAAGUCCGGCUCGACGGCGGUCACACCCACGCAGAGAGAUACGCCCGGACAUGCCCCGAGCUCGGUUCUAGAAUUCUAGAACUCGCUGCUGUUUUUGUUUUCCAACUGUCUUGUUUUCUAACUUAGUGAAGAUGAUCAUUAGCAUUGAAGAUAACGAUAAUUAUGGCAUGUUAGUUAUGAAAGAAAAUGAAAAAAAAAACUAAACAAAAUUAUUAUUAUUAGUUGUUAACAAAUUAUAUUGAGUAAUUAAUAAUAUUGAUCGGUGGAUGCUGAUGUGACGGAGAUGAAAAUGAAAGAAACUAAACUAAAACGAGAACGAAGCAAAAGAAAAACCAAACGAGAACAACAAAAAAUGAUAAAUAAUGCAUAAUACGGACUACAAAUAUUUAUAAACAAAUGCAGAAAUUAUAUAAACGUUUGAUGGUAAAAGCAAGAACUUGAAACAAAAACAACAACCAAUUUGUCGAAACAACACGCAGAAGUAAAAAUUUGCAUGUAACAACAAAACAAUGAGUAAACAUUUUUAAUUUUUUGUUCUUUCGCCCUCCGCUGUAAAUGUAUUUGUAGAUUUAAACAAUGAUUAAAAUAAAAAACUACAUAAAUAAAACUUAAAAAAAAAA